CUCCUCCCUCAGCCCAAACCGCCACUUCCCACUCCUACUUAUUUCCGUACUCACUCUCGGCCAGCCAAGCUUUGCUCUCUUCUUCACUUAACAGUUACUUUUCCAUAGAAAGAGACCCAAAGAAACAGUGGACGUGCAUUGUUUGUACCGCAGUUGGGAUAUAUAGGGAGGAAAAAAAGAAAAGAGAGAGAGAGAGAGAGAGAGAGAGAGAGAGAGGAGUGAAUAUGGCUUCUGAGCAACAGCUUAGGAGGGAGAACACGAACAGUGACAGGGAGGUCCACGUCGAGGGAGAGCACGACAUCCGCAGGGCUGAGGUGGUGACCCACUUCAUUGAGAAGCCGAGAGACCAGCCCUAUGAAUCCGGCGAGAGAGAGGUCCGCGGUAUGUAUAGUGUCGAGUUCGGUAGUGGGGAGAAGAAGGAUUCGGACAAGCAGCAGUUCGAGUCCCUGGCAGAGAAGGUGAAGGGGGCCGGGGAGAGGAAGCAGGAGGCGACAGGGAUCACUGGUCAAGAGGAGAAGGGAUCGGAAGCUCAACAACCUUCAUUGGAAGAGAUCUCUAAGUUGAGAGCUUUGGCUCAGCAGAACUCGAUGGACACGCUGAGGGCUGCUGAGGAGCGGUACAACACGGCGAAGGAGUCAGCAAGCCAAGGCCUGGGAUCAGUGACCGAGUACGCUUCUGAGAAGGCCUCCGAAGCUAAGGAUACGGUCGUCCAUGGAGCCCGUGCCACGACCCAUUACGUGACAGAGAAAGGGGCUGCCGCCAAGGAUGUCGCCUUGGAGAAGAGCCGACAUGGCUAUGAGGCUGCCAAGGAGUACACGGUACCGAAGGCGGAGCAGGCCAAGGAUUAUACCGUCCAGAAGGCAGCAGAGGCCAAGGACUAUACGGUGCAGAAAGCGGCGGAGGCAAAGGACAAGGCGGUGGAUGUGACCAAGGGAGUGGCAGGAUAUGCAGGGGAGAAGGCAGUGGCGGCCAAGGACGUGGCAGUGGACACGGGGAAGAGUGCAGCGGAUUACACAGGGAAGGCGGCAGCAAAUGUUAAGGACAAGGCUGUAGAGGCGGGCUGGGGAGUGGCUCACUACACAACCGAAAAGACUGUGGAGGGUACAAAGCUUGCUGCCAGGGUCGUCGAGGAUGUUGCCGGAAAAGUGGGAGAGGUAAUGGCAGGUGCAGGCCACAAGGCCGCGGAGAUGGCAACUAAGCCCCUGAGUGCUGCAAAGGAGGCCGCGAUAUCGACAGGUGAGAGCGUGAAGGAGUACACAGCUCGGAAGAGGGAAGAAGCGCAGAGAGAACACGAGGCUAGGAAAUUGGCUGAGGGUCAGGGUACCGAGGAUACGGAGAGCUUAACGAGCCAGGCAAAAGGGUUGGUCCAGGAAGGGGGCAGAGCAAUCAAAGACACUGCCCGUGCAUCUGCAGACACUGUUUCUGGUGUUUUCCAGGGAUCAGGGGCGCAAGAAGGGGGGCAAGGGGGAAUUGGCGGGACUGAUGUAAUGCAUGGCCUUACAGAGACGGCUCAAGAUGUGGUGGGAGGAGGAGCCAGAGCGGCUACUGGAACCAUUGGGAAUUUAGCAGCAAAGGCGGGAGUCACUCUGGUGGAAGGAGCCCAAACAGCCACUGACAUGGCUGGAGCAGCCACGGGCACUGCCCUAGCAGCUAUGGGCAAGGCCGGAGACAUGGUCCUAGGAUCGCAAGAAGGCGAGGAAGGGGCAGGUGGCGGGACCAGGAGAUCACAAGGCAUGACAGCGAAGACCCAGGAACUGGUGGGAGGAGGAGCCAGAGCUGCCAGUGAGACGGUCGGGGAGGUCUUCCAGGAAUCAGGAAAUUUAGCUAGGAAGGCAGGGGAGACAGUGAUGAAAGGAGCUAGAGCAACAAAGGACACAGCCCAAGCAGCUGCAGGCACUGCCCUAGCAGCCACGGGCAAGGCAGGAGAUAUGCUUUUGGGGUCAGAAGGUAUCACGGCGAAGGCAGAAGAAAUGGUGUUAGAAGGUGGCAGAGCAGCUACUGAGACUGUCGGGGAGAUAUUACAGGAAUCGGGGAAUCUAACCAUGCAAGCAGGAGACACGACUGCUGAAGGAGCCACAGCAGUCGCAGAGGCGGUGUCUGGAGGAGCCCGGGUAGCCAAAGACGUGGCCCGAGCGGCUGCAGGCACUGCUCUAGCGGCUGCGGGCAAGACAGGAGAAAUGCUCCUGGGAUCAGAGGGCCCCGCAGCAAAGGCAGAAGGAAUGAUGGCAGGAGGAGGCAGAGCAGCUACUGAAACUGUCGGGGAGAUAUUACAGGAAUCGGGGAAUCUAACUAUGCAAGCAGGAGACACGGCUGCUGAAGGAGCCAGAGCAGUUACAGAGACUGUGUCUGGAGGAGCCCGAGUAGCCAAAGACGUGGCCCGAGCGGCUGCAGGCACUGCUCUAGCGGCUGCGGGCAAGGCAGGAGAAAUGCUCCUGGGAUCGGAAGGCCCCGCGACAAAGGCAGAAGGAAUGAUGGUAGGAGGAGGCAGAGCAGCUACUGAAACUGUCGGGGAGAUAUUCAAGGAAUCUGGAAAUUUAGCCACGAAGGCAGGAGACACGGCGGCAGAAGGAGCAAGCAUAGCCACAGAGAUGUUGUCGGGAGGAGCCCGUGCAGCUAAAGAAACGGCCGAAGCUGCUGCGGGCACUACCCUAGCAGCUACAGGCAAAGCAGGGGAAGUGAUCUUGGGAUCAGAAGGUAUGGCAGAAAAGGCAGAAGCUAUGACGGUGAGAGGAGCCCGAGCGGCUACGGAGACAACCGGGGAGAUCUUCCGGGAAUCAGGGAAUUUAGCUGCGAGGGCAGGAGGUGUUGUCGAGGAAGGAGCCGCAGUAGCAGGACGCGCCAUGGUGGGAGGAACCAGAAUAGCCAAAAACACAGUUGGAGCAGCAAUGGAAAGGGGCGGGGAGAUGUUGGAGGUAUUGGGCCAGCACGAAGAGGAGGAGGUGGGAGGUGGGACUGGGAGAGUGUCACAGCAGCUGGAGCAGGAGCAGAGAGGGGGAAGUGUGCUGGGAGCGAUCGGUGAGACCAUAGCCGAGUUGGCCCAGACAACUACCAACAUCGUUGCGGGGCCGCCAGGGCAUAAACUGGUGGAGACUACUUAUGAGUACACAGCUGUCGAGGCCGACGAAGGAGUAGAGAAGCAGAAAGGAAGGGAUGCAUGAGGAUUCGAAAGAUAGUUUGCAGUUUAGUCAUGUUUUUUCUGAGAGUAAAUAAUGGUUUCUGUGGUGCAGGUUGAGAAGAAGCAUCAGAUGGAUGCUGGCUUAGUGUCUGGUUUUUUCGAGGGUGGGUUGUCGAUUGUACGUCCCAUGUUUGUGUUCUGUUGUAGAUGAAAUGAAAUGAAUAAAUUUCAGACUCGUAAAAGAA